GAAUUUUUCAGGGAAUUACAACAACACUUGAAGUUGAGAUAUUAAGAACUAAGGUACAAACAGAGACAAAGAAAAGACACAGAAAAAAAAGCUGACUAGAGAGCACAACAAUGAACAUCAUUCCAAGCUUAAGUGCUGGAACCUGGGCACUGCUUGUUCUCUUCUUGACUCUCCUGUUUCUAUAUGGGACCUGGACACACAGGCUCUUUAAGGAGCUGGGAAUUCCAGGACCAACACCGCUUCCUUUCUUUGGCACUGUUCUUUCUUAUCGCGAAGGUUUUACAAAUUUUGACAUGACUUGUUUUAAAAAAUAUGGGAAAACCUGGGGGUUUUUUGAUGGCAGGCAACCUGUAUUGGCCAUCACGGACCCAGAGACUAUCAAAUCAGUGCUGGUAAAAGAGUGCUAUUCUGUCUUCACCAAUCGUCGGAAUUUUGGUCCAGCAGGGUUUUUGGAGAAUGCUAUCUCAAUUGCUGAAGAUGAUCAAUGGAAGAGGAUUCGAACAGUGUUAUCUCCAACAUUUACAAGUGGAAAACUCAAGGAGAUGUUUCCCAUCAUUAACCAAUAUGGAGACAUAUUAGUGAAGAACAUGCAAAAUGAAGCAGAGAAAAGCAAGCCUAUAACUCUGAAAAAAAAAAUUUUUGGGGCUUACAGCAUGGAUGUGAUCACCAGCACUUCAUUUGGUGUCAAUGUUGAUUCCUUGAAUAAUCAGAAUGAUCCCUUUGUCAGAGAAAUCAGCAAGUUAAUUAAAUUCAGUUUUCUGGACCCACUCAUACUUACAAUAACGCUUUUUCCAUUCCUUGUUCCUUUGUUAAAAACAUUGGAUGUAACUGUAUUUCCGAAAGAAGCAACAGAUUUCUUAGUAAAAUCAAUUAAAAAAAUAAAGGAAGAACGAAAGAUAUGUUCACAGAAGCACCGCAUAGAUUUUCUUCAGCUUAUGAUGGAUUCUCAGACUUCUAACAAUUCAGAGACACAUUCUCAAAAAGAUCUGAGUGAUGAGGAAAUCCUGGCCCAAUCUAUUAUCUUUCUUUUUGCUGGCUAUGAAACCACCAGCUCUGUCCUUUCCUUUCUCUUUUACCACCUGGCCACUAACCCUGAGGUCCAGCAGAAACUUCAGAAGGAGAUAGAUGCAGUUUUGCCUAACAAGGAAGCAGUCACGUAUGAUGCCCUGGUACAGAUGGAGUAUCUAGACAUGGUGAUAAGUGAAACUCUCCGUCUAUUUCCCAUAGCUGGCAGGAUUGAAAGGGUUGCUAAGAAAACUGUUGAGCUCAAUGGACUGAGGAUUCCUAAAGGCACAGUGGUGAUGGCCUCAGCCUUUGUCCUGCAUCGUGACCCACAAUAUUGGUCAGAGCCAGAGGAGUUCCGUCCUGAAAGGUUCAGCAAAGAAAACAAGGAGAGCAUUAACCCCUAUGUGUACCUUCCCUUUGGUGCCGGUCCCCGAAAUUGCAUUGGGAUGAGAUUCGCACUUAUGAAUAUGAAAGUUGCAACUUGCCGACUCCUGCAGGAAUUUUCCUUUAGAACUUGCAAAGAAACACAGAUUCCUCUGAAGCUGAGCAAUAAGCCACUUCUUUCACCAACUGUACCUAUUGUCCUGCAGGCUGUACCAAGGUCCAAGAAGGCAAACCAACCUUAGAAGUUCUUCUUCUCAUUCUACUUUCCCAUACCUAUAAUCAUGCUUUCUAUUUUUCAGUUUUUUCUUUGCAUUUGUGAGUUCUUUCACAACAUAAUUAAUAUCACAAUAUGUUUUGCAUGA